UCUCUGCUACCUGUUCGAAAUUUCAUCCUCUUUUAAUCUCAGUGUAUUUUCGAUGUCGUAAUCCAAUAAUUCGUUGAGGGAAUUUACCUGUUCGAUGCUACCAUCUUCGAUCUCGGUGUUGAAGGAGAGAAGCAGGUGUUCAUGGAGCAAAUUUUCCAGAUCGUCCACGUACAGGGGAGCUGCAACGGAAGGAAGCAUAGCGGAAUUAGAUCCAUGGAAGAAGAUCGAGAAACUCCGGAAGGUAAUUUAAUGGACGGCUGAAUAAGGAUAACAACGUUUGGAUUGAGAGAACCAAGAGAAAACAUCUGAGGAUUCAGCGAUUUCUGGUGAGAAUCGCCACCGCCCCAUUUGUUAUCAAUGGCCAUUUGAAGGCCGUCCCACCGAGAAAACACCGACGAUAUAGCCAUUUGGAGACUGGAGAUAGAUCCUGCCUUGUGAUUGGUUGAGGUUAAUCCAUUAUUUGGCUCCAUGGAUAAACCUCAGAGCUUCGUCUUCGUCUUCGUCUUCUCCUUCCUCCAAACCCUAGAAAUCUUAUUUUUCUUUCUCCUCUUCUAACUGAAUCAUGAGAGAGAGAGAGAGAGAGAGAGAGAGGGCGGUUGAAUUGAGAAAUUAAUGGCAGAAUCGGGCGGAGAGAAAAGCGGAGAACUGUUUGGAUGGAAAGAGAGAGAAACAUUUGGGACUUUUUUUGCCACUCCGUCGUCAUUUGAACCGUCCUCGUCGCCGGCUCUGUCCAAAACAAUCGUUUUAAUUCUGCUCUGUUCGACCCAAUGACUUCACCUCCACUGACCUUCGCAUGGCCAUGACAUGCAAACAGCUACACGAUUAAGGAGGGAUCAAUAAACGAUGUCUUAGUCGGGUGCAGUGCCGUCGACAUGUUCGCGAAAUUGGGUGUUAGUGAGGAUGCGUACAAGUUGUUCGUUGAAAUGCCUCACCGAAACCUCGAGACGUGGAAUGCGUAUAUAUCCAAUUCUGUGCUCCAUGGGCGGGCUGAGGACUCUACCAUUGCAUUUAUUGAGCUACUUCGAGUUGGUGGGAAGGCAGAUUCAAUAAUGUCUGUGCUUUUCUCAAUGCGUGUUCAGAGAAACUAGGCUGGGUGCAUUGGUGUCAGCUACAUGGGUUCAUUAUUCGAAGUGGGUGUGCGCAGAAUGUCUCUGUUUCAAAUGGGUUGAUAGCUUUUUAUGGGGAAAUGUGGGGAGGUUGAAUGCUCUGAGAUGGUUUUUGACAGGAAUACGUUGUUGGGCGGAUACGCAGACAAGGCUGUGGCAUUGCUGGAGGAGAUGGCAUCGAUGGUGGGCAUGGCGCCGAGCUAUGUAAGCUUGGUUUGUGCAUUAUCAGCUUGCAGUAGAGUAGGAGAUUUGAAGAUGGGGAUUGCAGAUUUUCUUAGUCCAUGAAAGCAAGGUUUAGUACGUACCCAAGGCCCGGCAUUAAGCUUACUCAGUAGUUCUUGAUGUUGGUUUGGGCUGUUAUAAAUGGUAUCAAAGUCAUGUAAGCGUUGGUGUGUCAAUGAAGACGCUGGCCCUAUAAGGUGGAUUGUUAUGUCCCAAAUCAGUUGGAGAAAGAAAGAAAUGUUCCUUAUUCUUGAAACUUAUAUCUAGCAAAGACGUUUUAAACCAUAAGGCUGACAGCGAUAUGAAACGGACUAAAAUAGAUAAUAUCUGCUAGGGGAGAGUUUAGACUGUUACAAAUGGCAGAGUCAUUCGAGCGGCGGGUCAACGAGAACGCUAGCUUCUAAAGGGUGGACUGUCAGGUGUCACAUCAGUCUAAGGGUGGAUUGUUAGGUGUCACAUGUAUGUAACCGACCAUAUUGAACCAUGUGUGGUUGGGUUAUAAUUUCUCAAGUUUUCCCCCAUUCACCAUCUGUACAUAACAUCAUCAAAUUGCCAUCCUUACCUCUGCAUUCAACACUUGUCCCAACAAAGCCAACCCACCGCAACUGCUUCCCCACAUCAAUCCCUUCAAACAGCGCACAACAAAAUCCAGCUGCCACUGCAGAAAGAAACCUCCCAUAGUUAAUUUUUAUUUUAUGUUGAUAACAUGAGUUGGGAACAGCCACGUAGGGGUGAAGAACAGCGGCAGCCUCGCCGGAACGACGUCGACGAGGGGAAGGAAACCAUCAAAUACGGCGACGUUUUCAACGUCUCCGGCGACCUGGCUGCAAACCCCAUCGCACCACAGGAUGCUCGCAUGAUGGGCAGUGCCGAAACCAGGGUAUUGGGGCAAGUGCCGCCGGCUGGUCCGGCCGAUAUCAUGCGAGCCGCCGCUGCUUAUAAUGUCCAGGUCGGUCUUCUUGGUGACCGUGAUGUUAGCUAUGCUGCUAAAAACGAAGGCAUCAACAUUAGCGAGACCGAUAUUCCCGGAGCCCGUGUCGUAACCGAACGCGUCGCCGGACAGGUCGUCGGCCAGUAUUUGGACACCACGACGGCGAUUGAGACAGAGACGACGGAGCAGAAUGUAAUAACGAUCGGAGAAGCACUAGAAGCGGCGGGUCAAACUGCCGGAAACAAACCGGUGGAACAGAGUGACGCUGCAGCAAUUCAAGCCGCAGAGGGCAGAGCAACCGGCAGCAAUGCCAUAUCUCCCGGUGGGCUCACAGCCACAGCUCAAUCGGCGGCGAGUUUCAACGCCGGGAUGAUUCGAGACGAGGACAAGAUCAAGCUCAACUAUGUCCUAAUGGGUGCAAAAGGAAAACUGGCGACGGACAAGCCAGUGAGCCGGAAGGAUGCGGAGGGGGUGGUGAGCGCGGAGCUGAGUAACAAUCCAAACUUGAUCACUCACCCAGGUGGGGUGGCGGCCACCAUCACCGCCGCCGCGAGGCUGAAUGAGGACGGCGGCGCAGAUAUAUGAAAAUAGUGACUUUUUAAAUUCUUGUUCUUCUUUUUUGGUUGCUGUAUUUGAAGUUUAAAAAAAAAAUAAACAA